AGCAAGGUGAUUGGGGUGGAGUCGACACGACCUAGUGUACAGUCACAGACUCCAGUGGACUAGCUAAUCACAAGUUUAGCAUUUUGCCCUUCCCCUCUUUGGUUUGGACAAUUGAAGGAAUCCCUGAAAAAUAGAGUUUUAAACGUCUAUCUAUUAUUUUGGAUACAUCAACGCCUUGAUACUUGUAACAACACAGCCGCAGCAUGGGGGCACCAGCGACAGCGUACGACGAGAAGGAAACAUGCGGAACCGUCUGUCUGAAGUACCUCCUAUUCACAUUCAACUUCCUCUUCUGGCUGGCAGGGGGCGUGGUGAUGGCGGUGGGCAUCUGGACGCUGGUGGAGAAGAGCGACUACAUCAGCCUGCUCUCCUCCGCGACCUACGCCGCCUCCGCCUACAUCCUGAUCCUAGCCGGGGCCAUCGUCAUGGUGACGGGAGUGCUGGGCUGCUGCGCCACCUUCAAGGAGCAGAGGAGGCUGCUGAGAGUGUACUUUGUCCUGCUGCUGUGUAUCUUCCUGCUGGAGAUCCUCGCUGGUGUCCUGGCCUACAUCUAUUACCAGCAGCUCAAUGAGGAGCUGAAACAGAACCUGCAGGAGACCAUGGUGCAGAAGUACAGGCAGCCAGAGCAGGAGCACAUCACCAAAGCAGUGGACAAGCUGCAGCAGGAAUUUAAGUGCUGUGGCAGCAACAGCUCGUCGGACUGGGGCGAGAGCGUGUGGAUCCGCACCAAUGAGGCGGAUGGCAGGUUGGUGCCGGACAGCUGCUGUAAGACCCAGACGCUGGGCUGCGGCCACAGGGACCACCCAUCAAACAUCUACAAGGUGGAGGGGGGUUGUAUCACUAAACUGGAAAACUUCAUUUUGGACCACCUGAAGAUCAUUGGAGCGGUGGGCGUGGGCAUCGCCUGUGUACAGAUUGUGGGGAUGGUGUUUACUUGCUGUCUAUAUCGGAGUUUGAAGGCAGAGCCCUACUGAGAGUAGAACACGAAGAGAAGGAAAAGGGAGGGAGGGGUCUAGUCUCUGCCACCCAGUGUCAUCAUAUUCCAGCAACCCGUUUAGUCAUGGGAUCUACCACUGUGCCAUGCAAACAGAAGAUGACGAUAUGUGUAAUGGUCUAGGAUGCACUUAUGAUAGUGUCUCUCAAUCCAUUCCUUGGGGGGACCAUUUUGGUUCUAGCCUUGCACUAACUCCCCUGAUUCAACAAAACAAGGGCUUGAUUUGUUGAAUCAGUUGUAUUGAGCUAGAAUUCCUAAGGGGUCCCCACUUGAAAUGGAGAAUCAGAUUUAGGCAAGCCGUUAUAUGCUAUCGGAUCUACAAAGCUCUAUAUUUUGGUAGUGUGCAACAACAGAGCAGUUGGUGUAACCUAGUGUGAUGUAAAAGAUCAGUGGACCAAAAUGGCCCAUGCAUGAGAACAGCUUGCCUUAACAUUGCAAUAUUCAUGACUGUGGCUUAAUGAGCGAGAACUGACCUCUGGGGCCGAUUACCAUAGCAACACAUGUUCUUUAUACAUCAAGUAGCUAUUUAUACAUCUACACACGCCUUUUACACUGUUUCUCUCUCAACUUUUUAAUUGUUAGUUUAUUCGAAUUUUUAAAAAUGUAUGUUUUAACACAAGGGAUUUCUACACUUAUGCCAAAGUUGUCGUCAACACUGACUUUGUGUAAAAUCAUAUCAAACUGACUACUCCUGCAAGCCUUUUUCAUGUAUACUGAACAAAUAUAUAAAUGCAACAAUUUCAAAGAUUUUACUGUGUUACAGUUCAUAGAAGGAAUUCAGUCAAUUGAAGUAAAUUCAACAGGCCCUAAUCUAUGGAUUUCACUUGACUGGGCAGGGGUGCAGCCAUGGGUGGGCCUGCACCCUUGCCUGCACCACUGGAGCCAGGUCCAGCCAAUCAGAAUGUGUUUUUCUGCACAAAAGGUCUUUAUGACAGACAGAAAUACUCCUCAGCACCCCUCCUCCCCCCUCAGGCGAUCCCGCAGGUGAAGAAGCCAGAUGUAGAGGUCCUUUGCUGGCGUGGUCUGCGGUUG